AUGCCACAAGGAGUCAUUCUAUGCACGGCCGCCUACGACAAGACCAUCAGACUUUGGGAGCCAACAACAAAUGUAUGCUCUCACACCAUCACCUUUCAAGAUCCACAAGUGAACGUUCUAUGUAUUUCCCAUAACAAGAACUUCUUGGCUGCUGCUGCCAAUAAUCAUAUCCGAAUUUAUCAAUUAGCAACCAACGACCAGCCUCGUGGAAGAGGAAUGAAAUCAAGUCGGACUCAACAACCACAGCAACAGCAACAACAACUACCAUUAUUUGCCAAUUUAGAAGGACAUACAGCGAAUAUUCUUGCUCUUGGAUUUCAACAAGAUGAUAAAUGGAUGUACAGCGGAGGAGAAGAUGGCACGGUCCGGGUGUGGGACUUGCGUAGUUUCACUUGUCAAAGAGAAUAUUCUGUUUGUGGCUCAUCAAAACAGCAACAACGUAAGAAGAAAAGCUCAAAAGGCAUCAGAGCAAGUAAUAAUCAUGUCAACUCUGUUGUUUUACAUCCUAAUCAAGUAGAGUUAAUUGCUGGAGAUCAGAAAGGUUAUCUCAGAAUUUGGGAUUUAACAGCAGACAAGUGUACCUACAAAAUUUGUGUUUGCAAAGGAACACCAAUCCGAAGUGUUGAUGUGAGUCAAGAUGGUAGAACCAUUGCUGUUGCCAAUCAAAAAGGAAAUGUAUAUAUCUAUCAUUACAAAUGUUAUGAUGAAACUGAGAGCAAUAUUUGGGAGUCGUACGGAUUUUCUCUCGAACGAAAUAUUAUGACCCUUUCAAACAAACCAAUUCCUCCUUCAAAAUCAUUGUCAGAUUUUUCAACAGCCAUUCCUGGUACUCCUACUAUUGGAUCACAAUUACAUCAAGGUGAUAUGACACCUUCAUCAAGCACAUUACCAAUUCUUAACACACCUCGCCACAUUUCUUCAAGUGAUCAGACCUGUUUUAUAACAGAGGAUGGAGCCAUUCGAUUAAUUAACCAAUUCAAUGCACACUUCAAUCAUUACAUUCUCAAGUGUAAAAUUGCUCCAAAUUGUACUCAACUAGCCACUUGUAGUUCAGACUCAACUGUGAGAUUGUGGGACUUGACAAACCAAUGCAGACUUCAAAAGACUCUCUCAGGUCACAAGAGAUGGGUCUGGGAUUGUACCUACAACUCUGAUUCUUCAUAUUUGGUGACAGCAAGCUCUGACUUGACUGCAAAAUUGUGGGACUGUGCGAAGGGAGAAUAUAUCAAAGAGUACAAGGGACACGCAAAAGCUGUUGUGUGUUGUGCGCUUCAUGACACUCCUGUGAUGUAA